AUGGAUAAGCUCACUGGACAACAAUCUAAUCUCUGGAUAAUCCCGAUUGUUGGUAUGGGCGGCAUUGGUAAGACUACUCUUGCUAGAAAUGUUUAUGCUAAGCCGCUCAUUAUGCAACACUUUGAUAUUCGAGCUUGGGUUACAGUAUCUCAAAACUACAAUGUGGAAGAUAUUCUUAUAGAAAUUCUUCUUUGUAUUAGCAAAGACGAGAGCCUCGAAAGCUUGAGUGCGAAGAGCGAAGGUGAAUUAGGUGAAAGAAUACACAAAACUUUAUGGGGCAGGAGAUAUUUGAUUGUAUUGGAUGAUAUUUGGAGUGCUGAGGCAUGGGAUAAAGUGAAUCUCUUCUUUCCAGAAAAUGGUCAAAGAAGCAGAAUAAUGAUGACCACUAGGCUAUCAGACGUUGCUUCGAUUGGCUCUCACGGUAUUGUGAUGGAUUUUUUAAAUGAGGAAAAGAGUUGGGAUCUACUGUGCAGAUAUGUAUUUGAAGAAGAAGACGAUUGCCCUCCUGAAUUGGAGGAAAUAGGAAAGAAGAUUGCCAAAAAUUGCGAAGGACUUCCUUUGUCAAUAGUUGUGAUUGGAGGACACCUAGCGAAGUCUGAGCGCACAAGAGAACAUUGGGAAUAUAUUUCAGAAAACACAAACACAAUUGUAAAUUCGGAAGACAACGAGCGUUGCUUAAAAGCAUUACAAUUGAGUUAUAACCUUUUGCCGGUACAUCUAAAGCCAUGUUUUCUUUAUAUGGGAGUUUUUCCGGAGGGCAACAUGAUCCGUGUCUCGUGGCUCGUAAAACUAUGGGUUUCUGAAGGAUUUGUGAAACCAAUUAACUGCAAAAGCUUGGAAGUGGUUUCAAGAGAGUACUUGCAGGAGCUCUGUGAUAGAAACCUGAUUUUAGUUCAUAAAAGGGGGUCUAAUGGAAAUAUAAAAUAUUGCAAAAUCCAUGAUCUGUUGAGGGAUUUAUGCUUGAGAGAAGCUGAGAGAGAGAAGUUCCUUUAUGUCAGAAGACCGCAUGAACCUACCAUUCCACGGGUCAUAAAUACCCAACGCCGCAUUGGUAUUCAUCAAAGCAUGUCGGAGAAGGAUUAUCACCCUGAUCCAGUCCUUCGUACAUUGCAAUAUGUGCCUCUUGUUCGUUCUUUGAUUUGCAAUUUUGAAGAACGUUUACCAUUACUUGAUUUUAGAUUGUUGAGGGUGCUGAAAGCUGAUGAUAAAAAGUCAUAUAUCGAUAACAGCAGACAAAAUGAAUAUUCAGUAGAUGUUGUCUUUCGGCUAGUUAACCUGAGGUUCAUUGCUAUCCGAUCUGACAGGCCUAAAAGUACCGGAUUUCCUUCUUCAGUCAAUCUCCUUUGGAAUCUACAAACUUUAAUUGUAAAUUGUAACUGGAGCGUUGUUGCACCAUGUGAAAUUUGGAACAUGACUCAACUUAAGCAUGUUCAUUUCUAUGGACUUGAGCUGCCUGAUCCUCCUAUCGCUGAGAAAGAUGACGAGUUUAUUUUGGGGAACCUACAGACGCUAUCGAUAAUAAGAAAUUUCAAAUGUGGAGAAGAUGUGAUUAAGAGAAUCCCCAAUAUCACUAAAUUACAAAUAUUUUACUUUGAGGAACCUCAGGGAUUUUUAAGUUACUGUCUCGACAAUCUUGGCCAUCUACAUAAACUCGAGUCCUUGCGUUUCUCCAUUUAUUCCGAAAAUAAGCCAUCCCUGAAUGAUAUGGUGCAGAAUUUCAUCCUCCCGAAUUCCCUCAAGAAGUUGACUUUGAUGGGGACCAAUAGGGGUGAACACGGGCGGGUUUGGGCGGGUUUCUACAAAAAAUCAACCCGACCCGCCAUUGGCGGGUUACAAAACUAG